UGUCAUGCUGUGAGUCACGGCGCACAGCCCUCCUGCGAGGCCCGGCCGCGCCUCGCCGGCUCCCGCACCGCCGGCGCACCGCAAUUUCGGGAAAACUCCUGCCGCUCCUGGCCGGGGCUGUCCUGCCACUCCCGGCCGGCCGGCCGGAAGCUCCCGCCUCCCCGGGCGAAAGCCGUGGGGCCGCCGCAGGUGUUGGGCGACUGCUCCCGGACCACUGGGCGCUCUCCGCCCGGCUCGUCCUUCUCCGGCGCCGGCUGCCCUUGGAAACCCGCGGCAGUUUCCUCCCGUCGGGUGAGCCGAACGGGGCCGGGUAGCGCGCGGGUAGCGCCGGCCAUGUCGCGGAGCUCGCAGGGCGGGCGGCCCGGCAGGUCCCCACUGCCCCGCGGGGCCAGUCCCGGGUCAGCCGCCGCCCCGCUGCCGCCGCCCCCGCUGCCCCUGCAGUCCCCCUUCGGCCCCGGCGGGGCCAGCCCGGGCCCCAGCGGGCUGGCAGAGCUCAAGCCGGUUCGGCGGUUCAUUCCGGACUCGUGGAAGAACUUCUUCAAAGGGAGACGCCACCCCGGUUCCAGCUGGGAUAGCACGGCCUCCGACAUCAGGUAUAUCUCGGACGGGGUCGAGUGCUCGCCGCCUGCCUCUCCCGCCCCGCUGCAACCAGGGACCAGGACGGUGCCUGGCUCCUACACGGACCCAUUCGGGGGGUCGGGCGGGAGCUACCACUCCGGGAAGGAGGCCGAGGCCAUACUGCCCUCCGGAGACCCCUCGGGCUCGCUGGAGCGCCGCGCCGGCAUUGGGCAGACGUACAGCGAGCGGGUGGAGGAGUACCACCAGCGGUACGCCUACAUGAAAUCCUGGGCAGGGCUGCUUAGGAUCCUCGGCGUGGCCGAGCUGCUACUUGGCGCCUCUGUCUUCGCCUGUGUCACCGCCUACAUACACAAGGACAACGAGUGGUACAACAUGUUCGGGUACUCGCAGCCCUACGGAUACGGGGCGGGCAGCGCCUACGGGGGAUACGCCUACAGCGGGCCCAAAACGCCUUUCAUCCUGGUGGUGGCGGGAAUGGCGUGGAUCGUCACCAUAGUGCUGCUCGUGCUGGGCAUGUCCAUGUACUACCGAACUAUCCUCCUCGAUUCCAACUGGUGGCCUCUGACCGAGUUUGGGAUCAAUAUGGCCUUGUUUAUCCUGUACAUGUCUGCUGCCAUAGUGUACGUAAACGAUACCAACCGAGGUGGGCUCUGCUAUUACCAGUUGUUUAAGACUCCGAUAAAUGCGGCUUUUUGCCGUGUGGAGGGCGGUCAGACCGCGGCAAUAAUCUUCUUGUUUGUCACGGUGAUCCUCUAUCUAAUUAGUGCGAUGGUGUGCCUAAAGUUGUGGAGGCACGAAGGGGCCAGGAGGCACAGGGAAUUAAUGGAACAGGAGAUGAAAACACAAUCCUCUUUUCCAGAAAAGAAGUAUGAAGGUGAUGACAGACCAAGGGAAGAAAUCAGUUACAGGCAGCUGAAGUCACUGGAAAGAAAACCAGAGCUACUUAAUGGUUAUAUACCUGCAGGUCACAUUCCUAAACCUAUAGUGAUGCCAGACUACUUAGCGAAAUACCCUGUAAUUCAAACAAAUGAAAUGAGAGACCGGUACAAAGCAGUAUUCAAUGAUCAGUUUGCUGAGUAUAAAGAACUGUCUAUGGAAGUUCAUGCUGUAUUAAAAAAGUUUGAUGAGCUGGAUGCAUUGCUGAAACAGCUUCCACACCAUCCUGAAAGCAUAUAUGAACAAGAAAGGAUAUCAAAAGUUCUGCAGGAAUACAAGAAGAAGAAAAACGAUCCUGCAUUUCUGGAGAAAAAGGAGCGUUGUGAAUAUCUGAAGAAUAAGCUUUCUCACAUAAAACAACGAAUUCAGGACUAUGAUAAAGUUAUGAAUUGGAAUGUAGAAACUUAGUAAUGUCUUCACUUCAUGGACACUAUUUUCUGGUUUUAAAAUUGAUAUGCGUAUUUUAACCUAUUUAUUUACUCUUUGAACAGUACACUUAUGGGAAUUACUUAAUCACUGUCAUAUGUUUGGAUGUUGUACAUUACUGAUAGGUUUUGUAUGCAGAUCCAGUUGUAAUUGAAGUUAUAGGAAACUGCUGCUAACUUUCUGCUUUCAUUACUGCAAAUCCUGGCCUCUUAAAUCUGAAUACUUUAUUUGAAAAUACUUCAUUUGCAAACUUGCAAAGCCUACCAGAGAAAGCAGUUUCCACAUACCUUAUGGAAACUUUGCACAGAAAUGCUGUUAACAAUUUUGGAUUUUAUUUAUAUGUUAACUCUUAAUGAUAUCAGAAAGAGCUGAGCUGUUCUUUCUGUAUGGGGUUUGAUGCACUGCCUGAUUGUAUUGAAUAUUUUGGACAAUUCAGAAGCUAGUUUAAUAAGAAAUUUUGUAUUGUAUUUCCAAAUGCUGUCAAUUAUACUAGAAAUCAUCUUGAAUUUUGCCUAACAAGAGAGGAAAAAUACCUUCUUAUUUAACCAGCUAGGGGAAGGGGACUUGGGUUUGGUUUUUGUAUUGCCCUCUUCAGAGAUGAUGCAACAAAUCUAUACUUGGCCUUAAAGGAAUAGAGGUACAGGAGGAGGCAUAUUAGUGUCCCAUUAAUGUUGCUAUAGGUCAGUGUGCUCUGCCUACCUUGUGGAUCAUGCUGUUAGGGGUACGUGUGUUUAAGGGCUUCACUCUUCAUCAGCAAGUAACAGGACUUCUUGUCUACGCAGCAGCUGUUAAUUAACUUGGCAUUCAGAGAGUGAGUACAGCAAAAUGAAUUCUCAUUCAAAGUAUAAAUUGUUAGUAUCCUCUUUAAGGCCAGAUAAAAUGUAUUAAAAGACAUACUUUCCAGAGCAUAUUUGCAUAAAUUCUAUAUCUAUUCUUAUAUUUUCUUGGGGAUAUUAUGCGAUAGGUUUGUGCAAGUAUUUUCAUAAGCCAGUAAAUUUUCUCUUUGUAUCCUUUUUCAUAUCUUUAUUUACUUUACUAACUUUUUAACUUACUAUAAUUGUUAGAAGCAUUGAUAGUUUUUGUACAGUUUUCUACGACUGCAAUUUGUCUGUUCUGAAAUAUGUUUUUUAAUAUUAACAAAACCCACCAGUGUAGCCAUAUUACUCUAUUGCUUAUAAAGACAUUUUGUUUGAAAAAGGUGCUCUGAUUACAAUUACUGCAAAUUUUUAUUAGUGAUUUGCUUUUUUCUUUGAAAGAAAGUUUUAACUUAUGCAUUAAGGAACAACAUCAUGAAAGCCAUUUCCAGUUUAGUGUGGUCAUGGUAGUACUAACUCUGCCCUUCACUGCUGGAAAUGUAUUAACAUACCUCAGUGUCACCAUUGUAGCCCUGCUGGUUUUUCAACCCUUAUCAUUCACGCUGCAAUACUGAUGGCCAUGCACCCACCUUCAUAUUUGUUAAAUUGACAUUCCAAUUUUAUCAGACAUUUAAUUCCAAGCGUUUUAGUGGAUGAAGUAAAUAGCACAAGAUGUCAUGGGAACACUGAGAGAAUUUGAAAAUUUGGCACCUCUUCAUUUCAAAGCCUUCUACUGGAAGGUGCCUCAGUCUUUUCAUCAUUCUGAGAACAGGUGAUAGCCAGUGCUAUGCCUUGUUCUCUCUCUUUUCAGUGCCUUUCUGGUUCUGGUUUGUAUUCAUUUCAAAGGAGAAACCUCUCUUCCUUAUAAAGGAGAUGGGUCAACCUUUUAUACUUGUGCUGAAUACUUGUUAGUUAAAUUGUUCUUUGUAAGAGAAGUACUUGUCCAAAUCUCCACAAUCUAAAUAAAUGACCUCUCACUGUA